AUGAACGAAGAAGUCUUAAGCAAAGUCCGAUUUUCCGAGUAUUGGAAGAAACCCCAAACGCAUUGGAAGUUGGAUACUUUUAGUCAAUUUUUCCAUGAAAAGCACCCCGACGCGUCAAAGCAAACGAUAAGUAGUAAAUUUGUGAUAGAACUAAAAAUUUUGAAUGAGAAUUUAAAACCGAAGUCGAAGGAGGGACGGAAAAUAUCAGCAAUAUUAAAGGUUAGUGUUUUUACACGUUCUCAGGAAUGUGAAAACGUUAACGAGCAUAGUGAGCAUAGUGAGCAUAGUGAAUGCUACGCCCUGUUUUCUGCGGUUAUGGGGAAGAGCGUUCCAGUCACAUUAGUGCCGUGUCGGGCAUCUCUAUGGAUUCGCUAUGGGGAUUCUGCGGAGACAAGGAAAACGUGUCACCUAAAAGGAGUUUUUGUGAAAAAACAGAGCCCAAUCGAUGAGAACAUACUUGAGUCAUUUAUUAGGAAUUUGAGACAGGAGCCAAAAAAUGAGUGGAUAGUUCAAAAUAUAAAUGUUACGGAAAUAUUCCUUAAAUACCAGCGAGAGGUUCUUAAAACACUUCAAUCAACCGGACUAACGUGGGACAAUAC